AUGGCUCAGCCCCCUGUCCCUGGGAGCUCCGGGCCGCCGGGGACGGCUGAUGCCUGGGCGGACACCCCGGAUGCGCGCAGGGAGAGCGGCCGAGGGACGCGGCCCGUGGGGGGCGGCGGCAGCCCCAGGUCCUCCCUGGAAAGCCUGAGCCCGGAGGAGAGCCAAAUGGUGCAGCAAUCCGCUCGGCAGGAGCCCCAGGGCCAGGAGCAUCACUCCGACCACCUCUACUCGGAGAACAGCAGCGCCUACCGGCCCUGCCAGCCCCAGCACAAGGGCGAGGAGCUCCCCACCUACGAGGAGGCCAAGGCUCAUUCCCAGUACCUCGCCUCGCAGAGGGCACAGAGCACCAGCAGUGCUUCCCACAGCUACCCCCAGCUCUCCCGACACCACCAGCUCCGAGGGCAGCACCCCGAAGGCUUGGAGCCGAGGGGACCACCCCCGGAGUAUCCCUACGUCAUCCCUUCCCAGGACGCUUACCUGGCGGAACCUGGACCCUGCUCCCGGGAAGGUCCUGGGUUUCAGCAUCCUGAAAUCAGGGUGCUGCCCACCCCGGUCCCCACCGCUUUUCUGCCGCCGCCGGGUACCCUGUACCCUGGUCCCUCUGGGGUGGAGGCACUGGUGAGUGCCCAGGCAGUCUCGGCCGGCAGUCGCUUGGCCCGGGCAGACCUGGUCCUGCGGGAAAACGAGCGGCUCCAACGGGAGAGUGAGAGGCUGCGGAGGGAGCUGGAGAGCUGCUCCGAGAAAGCCAGCCGCAUCCAGAAGCUGGAGAGUGAGAUCCAGCGCCUCUCGGAGGAUUAUGAAAACCUGGUCAAGGCGUCUUCCAAGCGGGAAGCCUUGGAGAAAGCCAUGAGGAACAAGAGAGAGGGGGAGAUGAGGCGGCUCCAGGAUUUCAACCGGGAUCUGAAAGAACGGUUGGAAUCUGCCAACAAGCAGCUGGCCAGCAAGAGCCAGGAAAACCAGGAGAGCAACCAGGGCAGUGUGGCCAAACUCCUGGCACAGAGGGCGGCGGGCGCGGGGCCGCCGGAGCUGAGCGCCCACACGCUCUCCGAGCAGCUGAGGGAGAAGGAGGAGAAGAUCCUGGCCCUGGAGGCUGACAUGACCAAGUGGGAGCAGAAGUACCUGGAGGAGUGCACCAUGAGGCAGUUCGCCAUGGACGCGGCGGCCACUGCAGCCGCCCAGAGGGACACCACCCUCAUCAGCCACUCCCCCAGGCACUCCCCCAACAGCAGCUUCAACGAGGACCUCCUCCUGGCCACCCACAAGCACCAGGAGAUGGAGAACAGGUUAAAAGCCCUUCAUGCCCAGAUCCUGGAGAAGGAUGCUGUCAUCAAGGUGCUGCAGCAACGCUCACGGAGGGACCCCAGCAAAGCCCUCCAGGGCUCCCUGAGACCAGCCAAGUCCGUGCCCUCCAUCUUCUCUGCCUCUGCCACCCUGAGCUGGCCAGGGUCUGGGCAGAGCGAGCGACCGGCCGAGGGCAGCUCCCGGGGCAGCACAGCAGGCAAAGCCAGCAGUGAAGGAGCAGCAGUGCCCACCAGCCUCCCCCUGCCCUCCCACUCCAAGCGCGGCAGCAGGGACGGCAGCACCCAGACUGACGAGGGUGAGGGCCUGGAGCACCCACCUGGAUUGCUGGAGAGCUCAGCCACUGCCAGAGCCCCAGACCUGUCCGACAUGGUGGAGAUCCUGAUAUAA